ACAAACACACAAAAUGACGCCGUUUGAACCGGUCCAUUCAGUCUAUCCUUUUCAUUCUCAGCGCUUUAUUGCCCUCCUUUUCUUCCUCUAUGUCCCCCCCCCUCUCUCUCUCUCUCUCUCUUUCUCUCUAGGGUUUUGAUAUUGAUUCUUCUAGACCCAGAAAUCACGAUUCACGAACACUCUUUCUCUCAUUUUCCCUCAAAUCACAUACACGAGCUUUAGUCUAUGAUAUGACUUCCACUUCCGUGAAGAACAACUUAUUGCCUCCGGGCCUGGUUUCCAAUCUUCAGGAAAUCCUUAGCAAGAAGAACAAUGAGGCUGACAAAGAAGGCGACCAAUCCAAAGACAGCGCUGAAUCCACCGAACCCUCGUCUUCCACCUCCGUUUCUGAUGCUGCCGAGGCUGUAGACAGUUCCAAGCCCACUCUGCUCGUGACUAAUGGCGACGGGAUUGAGUCCCCUGGCCUUGUGUACCUUGUGGAAGCCCUGGUUCGUGAAGGGUUGUACAAUGUCCAUGUCUGCGCUCCGCAAUCGGACAAAUCAGUGUCGGGUCAUUCUGUGACUCUACAAGAAACGGUUGCUGUGAGUUCCGCUGAGAUUAAUGGUGCCACAGCUUUUGAAGUUUCAGGGACUCCUGUGGAUUGUGUCUCAUUAUCAUUAUCCGGGGCAUUGUUUUCUUGGUCAAAGCCUCUUCUGGUGAUUAGUGGAAUUAAUCGGGGAUCAAGCUGUGGCCAUCACAUGUUUUACUCAGGUGUUGUUGCUGGAGCUAGAGAGGCGCUAAUAUGUGGUGUACCGUCAUUGUCAAUAUCACUGAACUGGAAGAAGGACGAAAGUCAAGAAACUGAUUUUAAGGAUGCAGUUGCUAUUUGUUUACCUUUAAUAAAUGCAGCUAUCAGGGAUAUUGAAAAAGGACUUUUCCCAAAAAGCUGCUCGCUGAAUAUAGAGAUUCCUACUUCUCCUUUGACAAACAAGGGUUUCAAAUUGACCAAGCAAAGUAUGUGGAGAUCCACUUCUAACUGGCAAGCUGUUUCAACUAGCCGGUAUCCUGCUGGACAUUUCAUGUCCAAUCAACAAAGCCUUGGCAUUCAGCUUGCACAGCUUGGCCGAGAUGCCUCUGCUGCGGGUGCAGCUCGCCGUUUGAACACACAAAAGAAGAAUGUGGAGGUUGUUGAAUCAAUUGGAGCCGCUGGGAAAGCUGAUUCCAACAGGGUGAAGAAGUAUUUCCGGCUAGAGUUUCUGGAUAAAGAGCAGGAAGAGACAGAUGAGGAUCUGGAUUUCAGAGCACUUGAAAGUGGAUUCGUCGCAGUUACUCCUCUCUCUCUUUAUCCACAUGUUGAGAUGGACAUUCAAACAGCUGCUUCAGAUUGGAUCUCUGCUGCCCUUUCUGGAGAGCAAUAAAAGCUUCUCCCCGUCCAGCCUCUGAUUUAGUGUACAUUUGGAAUUUCUGAUAUAUAUAUAUAAUUUUUAUGGGUCUCCUGUUCUCGAUAGUCUAAUCUUUUUUCUCCAUUGUUUCAGUUCUUUAGUCUCUUAUUUGUGCUGUGGAGCAAAUGCUUCUUGUAAUCUUUUUGGCAUGUUUUAAAAAUGCCAGUUUGUUGUCUUGUUUUCUCUCUUUUUUUUUUUUUUGGUUGGAUUUUUUUUUUCUUCAAAGAAUUGUGGAGCAGUUUGUAAUUGACGGGUACUUCUUUCAUCUAAUUUAAAUUUAAUAUAUAGGUUGACUGGGGAUUUUGCCAGAA